GGCACCACCCCCUAUAUUGGCAGAGACUUCCCGGCCUUCCGGAGCCCUCCGAUCUGCCCCUCCUCCGCCGGGCAUCAACGCUGCCAACAGCGCUGCCAUCUAGGGAGGGGGAGGGAAUCAGGAAGUCUGGAGUUUGCCCAGUCCAAAGGUCCCAAUCAAAUAAUCAGAAAGCAACACCCCCCCCCAGUCCCGCCCCGAUGAGGCUCUUGCUAAAAAGCAGAGCUGCUGGUUGUUGCUCAAGUCGGAGCUGGUCGACUUGAAAAUGGCCACGCAUUUGUUUGAAGGGAAGGAGCAUGCUUCUGUCUACCAGAGAUACCGGUUCUCGCUCCCCGAGAAGCUCCAGGAGGUCAUUUCCUCCUACCUGGAGAACAAGAAAGUGAGCUCCUUUCAGCUGGCGGUGGACGUGGGCUGUGGCUCAGGCCAAAGUACGCCGUGGCUGGCAAAGCGGUUUGAGAAGGUGGUUGGAACGGACAUCAGUGAAGCUCAGAUUGAGGAGGCCAAGCAAGCGGCCCAUCCUCCAAAUGUCUCUUACCUCGUGUGUCCUGCAGAAAACCUCCCCUUCAAUGAUAACUCUGUGGACUUCAUCCUGUCUUUCGCUGCAGUCCACUGGUUUGAUAUCCCACGCUUCAUGAAGGAAGUGGAAAGAGUCCUCAAGCCUUCUGGCUGUGUGGUGUUGUCCACCAAUUGCUUGGACAUGCAACUCCACUACAAGGAUUGUACAGAGAAGUUGACUGAGAUCUUUGAAGAGUUUCGGAAAGCGAUCUUCAAAUAUGCCAACGACAGAGUCUGUCGUGUAGAAGAUGAUUACAAAAUGGUAUUUGACGCCCUGCCGUUUCAGGACAAGCAGAGGAUCACGGAUAUUUUUGGCACAGUGCCUUUUACUGUGGCUGGAGUCCUGGGGUAUUUCCAGUCCUUUUCUAUGUACCAAACCCUUCUAAAAGCUGAGCCUGAGGCAGCCAAGUCUCUUCUCCAAAACACCAAAGAAAGGAUCCUGGAGGUGAUGGGCGUUUCCUCACUUGAGACUCCAGUGGAGAUUAGGUUGCGGAAUGUUGCAGUUCUGGGAUGCAAGACGUCCUGAAAGGCAGGAAAUCUGCAGAAGGGCUGGAAAUACGGCACGAGGUUUCCCAACGCUGAAAAACACCCGAUCGCUAUUUGAAGGGAAGGAGAAUAAUCUCUUUAUUCCAAGUGGAGCAGAAAACAAGUGUCGGAGGCCGUCGGAGGACGAGGGGCUGCCGGGUGGCUUGCUUAUCUUCCAAAGCAAUAUUGUUUUCCAGUUUUUAAAGUUAAAAGUGCCAAUGUGGUUGGAACAGGUUGUAACAUUCCACUCACCCCUAGAACUCACUUGGGCCAGCUGCGUGCACUUAGUCUAGCCUACCUUACUAUGUGGCUAUUAGGAUGAAGCAGGAGAGCCCCCCCCC